AUGGACGAGACAGAGACAGAUGGUCUAGAAUCUGAAGAAAGUAGUACGACUAUAUGGUGGCCAUCAAGCAUGGGAGAAGUUAUUGUGGCCUUGCCUGCUGCUGAACUCCAUGCCCAAUAUUCUAAUUACUUUGUUCCUGUCUUCCCAAAUCCAACGCCGCCCCCCUCCCGCCAUCCGUCCCAAGGCGACGUUCUCUCCGGUUUCAAGACACGUCGCUGCUGCGACGAUACGGAUCAACAUGAAGAAGAAGUUUGUUGCAUAUGUCUCGACAAACUGUACCGUGGAUCGGUGACUACUUUGGAUUGCAGCCACGAGUUUCAUCCCGACUGCAUAAGGCGGUGGCUCGUCGACGGCCAGAACUUCUGCCCCCUCUGCAAAGCUCCGGCGAUCAUGUGA